AUGUCUCCAUUUUUGACCAGGAACAACCCUACUUCUGUGUCUAACACCUCUGUGUCCAGUGACCCCGCAUCUGUGUCCAACACCUCUGCCUCUGCGUCCAGUGACCCCGCCUCUGUGUCCAACACCUCUGCGUCCAGUGACCCCGCCUCUGUGUCCAACACCUCUGCGUCCAGUGACCCCGCCUCUGCAUCCAGUGACCCCGCCUCUGUGUCCAACACCUCUGCGUCCAGUGACCCCGCCUCUGUGUGCAACACCUCUGCCUCUGCGUCCAGUGACCCCGCCUCUGUGUCCAACACCUCUGCGUCCAGUGACCCCGCCUCUGUGUGCAACACCUCUGCCUCUGCAUCCAGUGACCCCGCCUCUGUGUUUAAAAGCUCCACCUUUUCAGCCAGUGACCCUCCGUCUGUGUCCAAUGACCCCGCUUUCGCAUCCAUCAACUCCACCACUGCGGCCAAUCACCCUGCAUCUGUGUCCAGCAACUCCGCCUUUCAGACCAGUGGAACUGCUUCUUUGUCAAAUGACCCCACCCCUGCAUUUAACGACCACACCUCUGUGCCCAACGACUCCACCUUUACAGUCAAUAUUUCCAAUGUGUUCUACAAGCCAAUAAAGAGAAAGGGGAGACAAAUACAUAAUGGGAAGAAAAGAAUAUCUUUUUCGUUGGCAGCCUUGCACAUCUUGUGGCAAGAAGUGGCGGAGUACAUGGGUGUCCGAGGAUGCUGUACAGUAGUUUGCGAACUAUUUGCUUCUGUUUAAAUUCAUACACAUUUGACAUAUCAGUGCAUAUAAUGAAAUAAAUACAAAAUAUGAGUAGUAAUUGUGUUUCAAUGAAUUUGUUUUAACAAAUACAUUGUACUUGAACAGUGGAUGCAUGCCUAUGUUAAUCUUGCAAAACAGCAAAGCAUCUAUCAUAUAAUACAUCCUACAAUAAAGUAUUGUGUUCUAAAAUGAAGUGUUUAAUGUUGUACAUUAAAAAUGGGGUUUCAUUAAAAAAUUAUUUUAUGAUUGAUUUGUAAGAAAAGUAUCCUGAUUCUUUUAAUAAAAUGAUGCAGUAACAUUGAUAUAA